GACUUCCUCAGAAUUUGUAAUGAAGUUCCAGCCAGCAGCUCCCAAAACUGUGGCGGUGCCUCGCAAAACCAUUGUUCCUUUGCUAUUGGACGACUGCAGGCUACAGUGGAUAAAACAAUCUCAAGGAAACGGAGCAAGAUGAUGGAGACCAGGUUUUUGUUGAUGGUACUCUUCUCCACAGCCACCAUUCUAGUCAUGGUGGCCGUUGGUUCGGGUACAGCAAGCCAUGGGAGCAGCGAGCUCGAGGCUCCGCCCCUCCGGAAUGGCGUGGGAAAAGAGUUUGGAAUCACCUUCAGGGGGAGAGGCCAUCAUUCCACGAGGUUGAUUCCGUCUCUCUCCGCCGCCAAGCGAGAAGCCAGCUUCUCCAAGGGCGAAAAACACCACCUGCGUCGCAAGGCAGUUGAAAUGAUAGUUAUGGGAGGGGGGCAACCAGGAGCAGAAGAGCCUACUUCUCAGCUGCUGACGUUUGCCUUGAUUCCCAAGCUCAUGAACAAUCCAUUUUUCGAUGUGAGUGGAGAAGGUUGCCAUGACACAGCAGAGCGGUUGGGUGUGGCGUGCCUCUAUAUUGGGCCACCAGAGUUUGAUUCCUCUGGAGCCCUUCAAGUGGCCCUUCUGGAAGAGUUACUCCGCAAUCAUACCACGGGUGUGCUGCCACUGGCAGGCUUGGCUAUUUCAUCAGUGAAUGCCGAAAGCUUGGAACCAGUCAUUGCCAAGGCUACUUCCCUCAAAAUUCCAGUGGUGACAUUUGAUUCUGAUGCUCCUCAGACAGACCGCCUUGCUUACAUUGGCACAGACAACUACUUUUUAGGGACGCAGCUGGCCAAGACACUCAAGCAGAUCCAACCAAGCAGGCCAGGGACCUUUGGUAUUGUAUCAGGAUUAUCUCCCAACCUUGUGGAACGAGAACAAGGCGUUCGGGAUCACUUGGUCAAGGAAGGAUGGAUCGAAGUGGGCACAUCACCUGCAGACCACAAUGCCAGUUCUACAACAGUUGUGGACAAAAUGUUUGGCUUUGUGGAGCAACACUCACCCACAGCCAUUAUCCCUGUCAUGGGUGCUGGUAUGAGAGCACCCGACAACUACUGGCAGAAGUUUGCCAAGACGCAUCCAGAAGUACUGCUUGUUGUGGGUGAUGCUAUGCCCAAUCAACUCGAGCUACUUGAUAGGCAGUUCUGUGAUGGAUUGGUGGGACAGCUUCCGUAUGAGAUGGGUGCCCUGAGCAUUGAGACACUGCUCAAGUUCUCAGAAGAUCCAAACUAUGAAACAGAUGAAUUCAUUGGAACCAAUGUAUUGGAACACUUGUUGAUUCCCCUAAUUUUGCCAGAACAUGUGGUUGACCAUAACUUGGUGGGACAACUUCGCUAUGUGGGAUACACCUUGUUUGCCAUUGUUGCCAUCUUGGCCUUGGGCUUUUCUACUUGGACAUGGGUACAUCGCAAUGUGAGGGUAGUCAUGGUGUCACAGCCAAAAUUCCUUGUAAUGGUGGCACUUGGGGUUCUCAUCAUGAUCUCAGCAGUCUUGCCAAUGGGAUUUGAUGACUACUAUGAAACCAACAAUGAGAGUAAUCAGUAUACCAAUACCAGUGAUGAAAGCAGCAGUCGCCGUGGUGUAGCCAUGUGCAUGACUCCUGUUUGGCUGUUGACACUUGGAUUCUCCUUGAUAUUCUCUUCACUGGUUUCCAAAAUCUACCGAGUACACAAGCUCUUCCAGAGGGCCACAAGGUUCUCCCACUUGCCCACUAGAGAGUGGGAUUCCCUGAUUCCACUCAUUGCUCUGCUUGUGGCCAACUGCACUAUCCUCAUUUCGUGGACUGUAGUGGACCCUCUUCGGUAUGUGCGAGUUGAGCAUGAUGGAACGGAUGGGUGGGAUCGACCUGUCAGCACCUAUGGCAUGUGCCAGUGCAACAAAACAGUUGCCUUUCUGGUGCCACUGUGUAUUGUGAAUGGAUUGGUUCUGGUCUUUGCCAACUGGGUUGCCUACAAGGCGCGGUCCAUUAAUGAGGAGUUUGCUGAGAGCAAGUACAUUGCUGUUACCAUGGCCAGUAUGUUGCAGGCAUUCCUUAGUGGAGUUCCCAUAUUGGUUGUGGUGCAAGAAUCUCCUCAAGCAUUCUACAUGGUUUCAGUCUUCAUGAUCUUCAUCACAUGUUCUGUCAUCCUUCUCCUGAUCUUUGUCCCAAAGAUUGUUCUCUACCAGCACUUCUCCAGUCAACCAGAGCAUGUCCAACGAAGUCAGAUCACGCAAUCCAUUAGGAGUUCUGUUAAACAACGACCCCUCCGCUCAAGUUUGAAGCAGCACAACGGACCAUCAUAUGUGUCAUCCCUUGAUGAUUCCUUCUCCAACCGACCACAGGAAGCAGCAUUAUUUGUGUUGCCUUCGAUACUUGAACCAGACCACGAUGACUCCUUUUCAGCUGCUGUUUCGGAACAAGCCUUGAGUCUUGCGUCAUCAAAGAUUCAAAAGAAGGCCCGUUUCUCAGAAGAGACAAUUCAGGCUGAUAUGAAGAAAAGACCCACAGACAUUUUGAGGAGUGUCAGCCAGAAUACAGAUUCUUGGGGUGGGGCAAGCUUGUCCGGGUGCGAGCCCAUCCCUUCAUCUCCCAUAACUUCAAAGAAGUCUGUGGAUGUAUUGCAGAAGACAACUUCUUGGGGUGGGGUGAAUUUGUCACUGGCGACGAAGGAUGACUCCUACAGCAAUCGUUCGACAGAAGAUUUCCAUGAUGAGGCUGACUGUCCAGGUCCUAACCAGAAGCCUGUGGAUGUUUUGAAGGGGGGCACAUCCUGGGGUGGGGCACACUUGUCCACGCUUGACGACUGUCACUCCAUCAGCAAUGGUGAGGAGGACGACUUUUGUGAUGAAUCAGGCAAUGACACAACUGAACCAGAACCCAACAGUGCUGGCGACGGCAGCGCAACAGUUGAAGGAUCGGAGGGAAAGGGAGGCAUGGGGGCCUAACAACAGCAAUUGACAAGUUCAGACCUUGCUACAGGAAAGUACCAACGACUUUUUUGUGUUUUCUUCUUUGCAUGGUAACCAAGAAAGGUCAUCCUGCAACUUUGCUAGGUACUUUGUCUUGUCCGGCUACAAGGUUGGUUGCUCCUAGCGUCUAUUAGGCAUACUGGAAUUCGGAGGGAUCGCUACAUUGUAAUGGCAGAUCCCAAAAUUAGUUGUCGUUUAGGAAACACGAAACGUGGUCUCGUCC